AUGGGAAAAACAAAACAAUCACGACCCACUUCUCACAUAGACAAGCUUCUCUUGAUUCGUGAUCACUUUCAAAGAGUGAAAGAGUGCAACAAUUAUUUUGACGGUCUGAAUGAACAAAACAGAAAAUUUUUCGAGCAGUUCAAACUCGGCAUUGACAGUCAAGCGCCGACAGUUGAGAAACAGGCAGCUUCCGUGAUGGAUGGGGUUGUACAGACCAUAAAUGCAUUCACGGUAGGACCUUCUUCCAACUGAGA